CUGGUUCACACGUGACACAGAGCUAGAACCACUUUAGUGCGUGAGAACAGCGAUAAGUCUUGUCAGGAAAUCGCUGAACAAGACCCACAGGAAAAGCAGAACUUACAGUGCAUUUCUAGAAGUCAGCAUGGUUGCAAUCCGUUUCGUCUUCACCGCAUAUUCUAAGCGCAAGACCUCCACAAUAACAUCUUGCACUUCGCAUUGCUGUGAACUGUGCGCCAAAAUAACUGCUGCUACUCGAGCUUUGUAUCCAAAUGAUUUGCUGUGAACUCAAUGCUUUAUACUGCUAUGCUUACAAAACUUUUCAUAUCUCCAAGUUAGCUAUAAGCAACAUGGUCCUGUAUCAACGAUAACAACUAUGUAAGCAAAAGCAACACAGCCUUAAGGACAACAUCAGCAAUAAAGCAAUAGCAAAUAAUGGUUUUCUACACAAAAUAAAAUCAUAAUAACAACUAUUUUUUCGAAAUAACUGAAUAUUAUAACAUCUUCAAACAGUCACACACACGAAAGUAAUUUAUUUUUUAAACAUUUCCAUGAAUGCAUAUGAAAACAUUAACAAAGAAUCAUCAAAGACCAGCAUUCAUUUUACAAUAUUUUGAAAUUCAUUUUAUUAAGAUUCGUCAUUAAUUGUCUGUGAUGCAAUAAAAUAUUACAUAAAUUACUUUCAAACCGAUAACAACCUGCUUCAGAAAAUAUGUCUUCAAUCCCUCAGCAAGAACCAAUGAAGCCAGCACCGAAAUCACCCAUCCCCAGAAGUCGGUCCGACUUCAGUUAUGUAGGACUGACUCCCAAGGAGAAAAGGUGGACAACUGAUUUCUCGCUGCUUCUUCCUCCAUUUACAAGAGAUACAUCUGGUUAUUCUCGCUUAGCAGAAUCCCCUGUGACAUUGCAACCGAAACCUAGGAACCAGGCGGUGGUGAAAUUGAGCAAGAGCCCGACUCUCGACCCGAGUGUGAUCCAGUCUGAAAAAUCCAGCGAAACCAAAUCUUCUGGUAAAAGUCCUACCUCAGAACCUGGUACUUCCAGAACUAGUUCAAACGAUGGCAACUAUAAGACCUUCAAAGACUCUAAACCUAUUGGGCGAAGCCAAACAAUGGAGCCUUACAUCGCCAAUGGCGGUAUCUCAUCAAACAAUAGCAACGAAAGCAAGCGUACUAUAUAUUGUAAGACCAUGAGCCGAAGUCCAACUUUAGAGCCUUACGCGACCAAUUGCACUUCGAUAAGUUCAAACGAAAGUAAGCGCUCCAUUGCCUCCAAAACUUUAAGUAGAAAUACAAAUUUGGUGAAUCAUCUUCCCAAGUGCAGUUCUUCUUGCUCCAAGACUCCCAGUGAGUCGAAAACUUUGUAUCCGAAAAUGGAAUUAAGUCCUAUAGGUUGUCCAAAGACUGCCCACAGAUUGAGUCCUCUAACCAACCCUUCUGCAGGUGAAUGUAGUCGACAUUUGUCGUCCAUUCGGAAGAGUCCAACGAUGGACAGUAAGACUCUUCGUUACAGCCCUUUGCUGAAUCAGCAAAUAAUCAGCAGAAGUCCCACUUUGGAUCCCAGUGUCUUGAACAGAAGUCCUCGGUGUUGUCAUGCGACUGUUACUAAUGGCCCAGUGGGUUCUAGAGGUUCGUUAGUUUCCAGAGGAUUAUCGCCUGAAGUUGUGAGAUCUCAGUCUCUAAGAUCGCUUCGAAAAGGCAUGGACAGAAGCCCGUCAAAGAUGAGGACAUCGGAGAGUGCACAAACUGAUGUCUCAUGUUCCAUACACAAGCACUCUUCUGUGGUGGGAACAAACGAAGAGGAUGUGCAUCGUCUGCGGAAUUUCAGCCUCACUCCCAAAGGGGUGAUCAACUGGGGCGACUCAUUCCGCUCCCACUCCCUCACCUCCGUUCCAGGGCUUGACCUCUUCCCAUCCAGCAGCAGCCAGUGGGACGCCGCAUCCACCAAAUCCUACCCGAUGACAGCCUCCAAUUCACACUGGAACUGCGCCAGAACUCCGCAAAGGUAUAGGGUAGCUAUCAUGGGAGCCGAUGAAGUGGGCAAAACCUCCCUCAUUCGACAGUUUCAAACAUCUGAGUACAUCUGCGCCUUUGAUACCAGUUACGACAUCUACAAAGAAUACGCCAUAACUGUGAUAUUAAAUAAAGAAGAAUCCGAAUUAGAAUUCAUAGAAUACCGCUUACCUGAUGAAGAGAGUGAAGAAGGGGGGGAUGAAGGAGCCGAAGGAUGGAGUCCUCCUUUCGCGGAUGCCCACGUGGUCGUGUACUCAGUGACCAGCAGGAGGAGCUUCCAGCGCGCCUUGGACGCACUGACCAAGGUCCAGCGGCUAUUCAGGAGAAGUGCCGUCCUGCUUGUUGGCAAUAAAUCGGACCUAGUGAGAGUCCGAGCUAUCACCACAGAUGAUGGCCAAAGUGCAGCUAAGGAGCGUAACAGCGUUUUCAUGGAAACCUCUGCCGCCAUCAACCACCAAGUAGAUGAACUUCUCGUGUCCACUCUUACUCAGAUUCGCGCCAAGUGCAAGUCGCCUUUCGAAGGAUCGUCAGCCCCCUCGCGAUGGAGCAGCCCCCAUUACUCUCUCUCCAAAGCUCGGGGACUCAUCAAGAAAUUCCUGAAGAAAGCCUGCUUCCAGUCGAAGUCAUCCGACAAUCUACAACGGUUGUGAGACCGUUGCGAACAGUGCCUUUGACCGCAUCUUUUUAGUUCUUCUGUGACUUGCUUGAUUGCAGUGGAUCGAAUGUGCAGUAGUAGCAAAAUUGUUGAGUAGUUCACAUGUUCCUUUCAUUUGAAACUACGCCAUUGAUGUUUUGCGCAAUAAUAUAUUUUACAUGGCUGAAGGUAUUAGAAGAAACCCAGAAAAAAAAUUAAUAGCAUACACACAUAUACAAAAUACACAAAAAUUUGAUGCAAUUAUCUGCCCUGUUUGUGUUUAAAACUAUUGAUGACAUCACAAAUUCUCAAUAUUUUAGAAUUAGAAGUCUGCAGUCACCCCCGCAACUAAUUAAUGAUAUAACGUGCUUCUAUGAGCUUUAAGAAUAUAUAAAGAUUUUCAUAAAAUAAAACGUUCUUCGUCUUAAAUAGAAUUUUAUAUUAAAGUUUAGUUUAGUUAUAUUAACGUCCCGUUUUAAAGCAAAACUAGAGCUAUUUUGGAACGGACCUCAUAACUUUCAACCGCGGUCAGAAGACGAGGGCAGCACCUGAGCUGGAGUCCCCUUCUCCAAUCUUCCACAUCACAUCAGCUGGAGGAUAUUUGGUAAAGACGGAUUGACCGUGCACUAAACCCGCUAACACGAUGGUUAUUCGAUGGAAGUAAGUCUCGAGCCUGGAAUCCCAUCCCGAAGACGACACCUUACCGCCAGGUCACUACUACCCUGAACUUGAUCUUAAAAAAUGAUUUUGUCGAAUUAGAAUGUGAGUAUUAAUGACUUGAGUUUAAAAUUAAUUUUUGCUGAAUAUAUCAAAAAUUUUUAAGCAAAAUGAAAUUACAAACAUUUAUCAAACUACAUUAUCAAUGAAAAGCCAUAAAGUAUGUUUUGUGCAUCUUAUGGGAUAGAAAGUGAAGUCUCUGUGAAGUAAAAGAGCCUUUGUUUCAACCAAGAGAUUCAUUAUUCAGGAUGAUAAUAAUUAGAGUUUUAAAUGAAAUUCUCUUGAAUAUAUUAAUUAUUUUCAAGUACAAAUGAAAUUGACAUUAAUCAACUUACAUUACCAAUAAAAAAACCAUAAUAUAUGUUUUUGAGCAUCUUAUGGGCUAGGAAAUACCGUAAACUUCGAGGGUAUUUGUUUUAGCCAAGAGUUUCAUUAUCCAGGAUGUAAUAAUUAGCGUUAAAAACAAAUUCUGCUGAAUAUAUCAAUUACUUUUAAGCACAUUUCGAACAUAUCCAGAACUAUUGAAUGGAAUUAUUAGAUUAACAUCAAGAAUACACAUUAUCAAUUAACAGCAUAUUGCACCUUAUCUAUUAAGAAAGAGCUCCACGGAAUAGAAACGUCUACUUUGUAACUAAAAGUUUGAUCAUUCAGCAUAUUAAUUACUUAAUUGUAUAGAAAAUAUCAGUCAUUUUGAUUCUCUAUGUGACUUUUUUAAUACUUCUUACUUAAACUGUCUUUGACUAUAAAAUAGGCAUUUAACUAUAACAUUGGCUUUCAUUUUGAAUGAAAGAGAUAAUGCAGAAUCUUAAUUUCAUACGUUAUUAAGUGCGUUAAUAACAAAUUAAUUUCUUCCAACUAUCAUAUCUGGAAAAUAAAAUAAAGUCGGUUUCUAUGACAAUGUACGUUGAUAUCAAAUUAUAUUAAGUAAAUUACUGACAAUUGAGCUUUUGAAGUAUAUCAUGCUUUGAAAAAUUAAAUAAAAUCGGUUUCUAUGGUAACGGAAUUUUAAGUCAGAUCGUCUUCUUGUCAAGCAGAUGAUUAUCCUUUGAAUACUACAAAUAACGCAUGAGUAAAUUGCAGAAAAAUCCAAAAAUGGCUAUAACUUGUAGUAAACAAUAAGAGAAAGAAAAAGUAUGCAUAUGACGUAGAAAGAGGCUUAGCAUUUCGCUUGCGCAUGUAAAAAUCUCUUUUUUUGUGGCUUGUGUUGAUCAAACAGACAACAUCCAAUACAUAAUCCUUUUAACCUCGGAUAUCUCAAAGCACCGGAUACAACUAGCAUUCAUUCCUGAGCGUUCUAUAGCUGCAUACAUGUGCAAAUGUGGUUACUAAUUCUUCUGCAUUUUGUCUCUAAUUCAUUGGAGUAUGUUCAUGUAUGCUUUAAUACGGGACAUGUCCGUUACAUGCAUAUCUUAAUUGAAUGAAUUGAAUAAAACUAUGUAGAGGAACGAAAUCUUUAUAAUUUCAUUAUGAGGUAAAUGAAAAUAAUAGACGAGUUUCAGAAACAAUUAUUUAAUUAUUUUCUAAGUUCCACAUUUCAAGACAAAACAAACACGAGCAAGAAAAUACACACACUCACUUAGAAUAAAUCUAAUAAAGACCUCCAAGAAGGAUCGUACACUUUGAUGUUAAUAAGAUAACGCCAUCUGGUGUAUCAAAAGAGAAGGUAGUAUAAUUAUGUAACCGCUACAAGUAUAAAUAAUUUUUUCCACUGUGCAAACGAAAUUGCAAAUUUUGUUUUAUCUUACUUUCAAAAUUUUUCUUCCUAUCCUUGCUUACAACAAAGCCAUGGGCAUUCGAAAUCCAUGCAAUUAUUUUAAAUAACACUGUGCAUAAAUAACUUUACGAAAGUUAAUUUAUCGAUGAUAUAAAUAGAAAUUUGAAUAUUAGAAAUUAUUUUUUACAUUUGAUCCACUGCACUCAUUGUGUUACAAUUCGAACUAUCGAACAUUUUCAUAAAUUAGUAGUUCAUUCUAUGAUCAAGCGCAUCGAUUAGAGAACAUGCCUAGAUAGAAAUAUAUUGUUACUAUACCUGGCAAAAAAAAUUUAAACAAAACACAACGUGAUUUUUUGAUUUCAUGUGUUUUUGUAUGCAAUAAGCUUAUAUUCCUAGACUGUAAGAAUUGAAAUACAUAGAUUAAGAGUUGUUCAUAAAUGUACUUUAAAAUAUAUUUGUUAAGCAGUAGAUUAAGAGGAUUUAUAGCUAGUUAGAGAUUUCAACUUUUCUCGCCCAAUCAUAUCACCCGACUUAACCCUAGAACCACAAUGCACGAGUUGAUAAAAUGCAGUCUUUUUAUUGAAUGCAGCUUCCUCGAUACAUUGUUAGCCAGUUUUCCCACAGAUUAGCCUCAUUUAGAAGGUAUGGAAAAUUUUUAAUAUUUCCCCUUUCUUUGUGUCGUAACAUUAGUAUUUAUAAUGUUUAAUCAUACGAAACAUUCUUUUAAUUGCAAUUUGUUGAAAAUGGCUAUUCUUUUUCCUUUUGCAUUAUGUGGAUAUUAUUUAUAUUGUUUAGCUAUAUGAAACACAAUCCUAAUCUUUGAUUUAUAAAUGCAACAUUCUUCAUAUACAAGCAGCCAGUAGACAUUAAUCACGAUUUACUUAAUUCAGAGAAAUGUCAAAAUUACAUUUUACUCAAAUUGGCCUUAUUUAGCAUGUUUGGUAAACAUGCUAAACAUGCUUAUCGAAUUCAUCUUUGACAGAUUUUAAACUUCAAUUACGUUUUAUUAUUAUUA